ACGUGUACUACCUGGGCCGGGGCCCCUACCUCCCAGCCGGCCCUAGAUGGCGAGCUAGAUACACCUCAAAAAAAAAAAAGGAUGGCGAGCUAGAUCCGGCAGUCCUCCGCCGCCGACGCCUCAAUCCCGAACUCCCCUGCGGCGGCGACAUUCAUCGCGCGCGCGGGGCAUCCUUAUUCGGCCGGUGAUAGGGCAGGGCAGGGCAAGACCAGACCACAUGUGCCGUCAACCAUCGACACUUCACUUGUCUCCAGAUGAGCAGCUUGCUGCUGAAGAAACCUUCAAGUUGUACUGCAAGCCAGUUGAGCUCUGCAAUGUUAUCCAAAAACGAGCCCUUGAUAAUCCCGCUUUUCUGCAAAGAUGCCUUCAUUACAUGAUACAGGCAAGACACAAAAAGAGGAUUCAACUAACUGCAUCCCUCUCUCGAGGUACAAAUACUGAAUGGCCAGACCAGAAUAUCUUCCCCCUUUAUCUUCUGCUAGCCACACCUACUAGUGAUAACAUCCCACUAGAAGGGCAUUCUCCGAUAUAUCGAUUCAGUCAUGCCUGUUUGCUUACGUCAUUCAGUGAAUUGGAUAGUAAAGAACACUCCAAAGCCACAUUCAUAAUUCCAGAUGUCAAGAAUAUAGCAACCUCCCGAGCUUGCAACCUCAGCAUUAUCCUUAUCAGAUGUGAAGGGCAGGUUGGAGAAAAUAACUGCUCUGUGGAAGCAUCUGCUCUCCGAAAGCUUGAAGGGAAAUGUUUCUGGGGUAAAAUACCAAUUAAUUUACUUGGUUCGUCGUUGGAAAAUUGCGUGCCUUUAAAUUUGGGACAUACUGUGGAGUUGGCUUCUACAGUUACUAUGAGCCCAAGCUUCUUAGAGCCAAAAUUUCUGGAGCAGGACAGUUGCUUGACAUUUUGCUCCCAUAAGGUUGAUGCUACGGGUUCAUAUCAACUCCAAGUUGGCAUAUCCGUUCAAGAGGCUGGUGCAAGAGACAUGUCUGAAUCUCCCUAUAAUAGUUACUCAUACAGUGAUGUCCCACCUUCAUCAUUACCUCAUAUUAUAAGGUUAAGAGCUGGUAAUGUGCUUUUCAACUUCAAGUACUACAACAAUACUAUGCAAAAGACCGAAGUCACUGAAGAUUUUGCUUGCGCCUUUUGCUUGGUAAAGUGUGGAAGCUACAAGGGCCUGGGGUGUCACUUGAAUUCGACGCACGACCUAUUCCACUUUGAGUUUUGGAUAUCUGAAGAAUGCCAGGCUGUUAAUGUUAGUCUGAAGGCUGAUGCCUGGAAAAUGGAGCUUGUGGGCAAGGGAGUUGAUCCAAGACAUCAAACAUUUUCCUACUGCUCAAGGCUUAAGAUGCGUCGUCGAAGGUUGGUAGCCACAGCUGAGAAUAUAAGCCCCGUACAUCCACAUAUCAUGGAUUCAGGUUCGCCCGAAGAUGCCCAGGCACUGGCAGGGUCUAAAGACGAGUUUGUUCAGAGGGAAGAUGAUAAUAAUUCAGUAGCACUCGAUUCUGCCGAGCAUGAUCACUCAUUAAAUGGUAGCAACCUUACACCACUGACAGUACUAGAGUUUGGGAAGACAAGGAAACUAUCUGCGGAGCGAAGUGAUCCCAGAAACCGACAACUUCUGCAGAAACGUCAGUUCUUCCAUUCUCACAGGGCACAGCCAAUGGCAGUGGAACAAGUUUUGUCAGAUCAUGACAGCGAGGAUGAAGUUGACGAUGACAUUGCCGACUUGGAAGAUAGACGGAUGCUUGCUGAUUUUCUUGAUGUCACGAAAGAUGAGAAGCUUAUUAUGCAUAUGUGGAAUUCAUUUAUUCGGAAACAAAGGGUGCUAGCUGAUGGGCAUAUACCUUGGGCCUGUGAGGGCUUCUCCCGGCUUCAUGGACCGCAGCUUGUACAAAACCCUCCUCUGCUCUGGUGCUGGCGUUUCGUCAUGAUUAAGCUGUGGAACCACAGCCUGCUGGAUGCGCGCGCCAUGAACACAUGCAACACCAUUCUUGAGGGAUACCAACCCAAGAAGAAGAUGUUUUAAUUCCAAGGGGGGUUGGUUGCUUACUUUUAAACCUUUCCAUAUUCCAAGGGGAGCUUCAUUGAGGGCUAUUCUCAUUUACUGAAAAUGUUGAUGUUUUGCCGACCUCCGCCGGAUAAUUUCCUACCAAGUCGUUUCCCCUCGGAUAGAUUUUUGAGAUUUUUUUAAAAGUCACUUCUCGAUGCCUGUGGAUGUUCAGACUUUGCCGUUGUCGUUCCCCUUUUAAAUUAGAAAUUGUCCAAACAAA